UCCAAUACUGAAGUAAAAGUCCUCACUGUGACCUGAAUUCACCAAUAAGAGGAAUAAUGGUCAUGAGUCUGGGCAAUGCAAGUACUCCAAAGGUCUUCAUCCUCUUGGGUUUCUCUGACCAUCCCUGGUUGGAAAUGCCACUCUUCGUAAUGGUGUUUGUGGCUUACAUCUGCACACUGGUUGGAAACAUCUCGAUCAUUGUGGUGUCCAAGGUGGACCCUCAUCUUGACAGCCCUAUGUACUUUUUCCUUUCCAACCUCUCCUUCCUGGACCUGUGUUUUACCACAACCACCAUCCCUCAACUGCUGUGGAAUCUCUGGGGACCAGAUAAGUCCAUCAGUUAUGGGGGCUGUGUGGCCCAAUUCUAUAUGUUUCACUUCCUGGGGGCCACAGAAUGCAUCCUCUUGGCGGUCAUGUCUGUGGAUCGGUACGUGGCCAUCUGCAAGCCCUUGAGGUACCAGGCUAUCAUGAAUCGGCGAUUCUGUGUCUCCUUAGUGGCUGUGGCAUGGAUAAGUGGUUUGGCUAACUCCUUGCUUCAGUCGUCCCUCACUAUCCAACUGCCACUUUGUGGUAACAACAAGGUGGAUGACUUCCUGUGUGAGAUUCCAGUGAUGAUCAAGAUGUCCUGUGUUGACACCACUUUCAAUGUAACUAUGCUCUCUCUUGUAGGGACAUUCUUUACCCUGGUUCCCUUGUCUCUUAUCCUUCUCUCCUAUGGGUUCAUUGUAGCUACAGUACUCAGAAUUCGGUCAUCAACAGGAAACAAGAAGGCCUUCAACACCUGUGGCUCUCAUGUUAUUGUGGUCUCUCUCUUCUAUGGGCCAGUAAUAUGCAUGUACGUGCAACCUUCUGGUACUAAAUCCCGAGACAAGGACAAACUCAUGGCUCUGUUCUACAGUCUGCUGACUCCUAUGCUUAACCCUUUUAUUUAUACUUUGAGGAACAAGGACAUGAAAGGGGCAAUAAGGAGGCUUCUCUUCCCAUUGAACCAUCAGAGAAGAGAAUAA